AUGUCCUGCACACUUGCGAUGGCGAAAGGCACUAUCACUACCAGCAACGUGACUUCCUGGGGUUCAUUGGCGCCGUGCCUAGAGACCCUCGAGUCGCACGUCGUUCUCGUCCAGGAGCAUCACCGACGGGACGAGGCGAAGCUCGCCGACCUGCAGCACGAGGUGCUGGAUCACGGGUUCGCGGGCAUCUGGGCGCCAGCAGUGGCAGGCCCCACCUCCGCGGAGGGCACUACGGGCGGCGUCGCGGUCUUGGCCCGCAAGAACAUCCCCGUCACGGCCCCGCCGCUGCUGCCCUCGGCGACACUGUGGCCAGGGCGACUGGUGGCCGCCCACGUGCACUGGGGAGUCCGUGGCGGCAUUGUCUUCGUGUCGGCCUACCUGGUCGACAGCGUUGGCAUGAACGACGUGAACCGAAGCAUCUUCGGCGCGCUCACUCGCUACCUCACGAAGCUCACGGCCUCGGGCAUCGAUUGGAUCGUCGGCGGCGACUUCAAUGGGCCUCCCAGCUGCCUGCCCCUGGCGCAGUUGGAAAAGGCGGGGGGCCUCUGGCUAGCGCCGUCGGCCGACACCUGCCGCCCACAGGCGGGCAGCGGCUCGGUGCUGGACUACUUUCUGGUCGGUGCAAACCUGGCCAGCCGCAUCUCGGCUCCGAGAGUGGAUGAGUUGGGCAUCACCUCCCCGCACCUCCCUGUCAACAUGGAGCUGCGUGCCGCCGACCUGGACAUGCGCGUGAGGAUCCCGAUCGCCCCCAGGGCGAUUCCAGCGGUGCCGCCCAUCGGCUGCAGCCGCGGUGUCGAGGACUGGGCGCCCACUUUGGCCCAGGUGCGCGCCACAACCAGCGCCGAGGAGCUGCCAGCAGCCUGGGACGCCGUCGUCAGCACCUUGGAGCAGGAGCUGUUGGACCGCUACGACCAGGUUGGCGAAGCGCGCAGGCGGUUCGAAGGACGUGCGGGGCCCAUUGCGACCAAGCUGGCGCCAGUCAAGUGGAAGCCGCAAGGGCAGCGUGUCCGAUUGGGGCCUGAUGUCAUCGCGGCCAAGGUCGCGGGCCGAUGGGCGCGUCACUUCAUGGGGGUCAGCGCGUUCCUCGCGAAGGCCAGCAGGAGGCUGCAAACCGCCAGCCUGCAGUGCUCCCUUGUCCCUGAGCAGUACCACGAGCUGGCGGACUUCGUCGCGAGGGCUUUGGAGUAUGGGUCCUUCUUCGAGCAGGGCUUUCGCGUGAUCGGCAACACCGACUUCCUGGAGCAGGCGGGCCGCAUCGUCCAGUUCGCCAAGGACGCCCACGCGGACGCGCUCAAGGUCAGGCAGCAGAGCUGGAUCCAGUGGGCCAACGACAGCCUGCGGAACGGCGCUGGCAAGGCGCACCGCUUCACCAAGCUGCGGGCGAUGCAGGAGGUGCUGGCGCAAUGGCAGGGCACCCACACCGAGCUCACCACUGGACGGCUCGCCCAGACCUUCGUCCCGCAGCAGCAGGUCGCCAGCCAGCACCUGAUCUGCGACCGGGAGAUGAAGGCCUGGGAGGACGUCUGGUCGUGCCACAAGCUCGAGGCGCUGGAAAGGCCAGCUGACUUCGACGAAUGGGACGACCUCGAAGACCUCACCGUGGAGGCGCUGCAGCGGGCCGCCUGCAGCUUCCCCACCACCACGGCGCUCGGCCCAGCGCAGAUCGGCAUGCGCGCGCUCGCCUUUCUCACGGACGACGGCGUUUACACCUGCGGCCAGCUCUUCAUGAAGUGCGAGGCGCUGGGGGCUUGGCCCAGCGAAAGGCUGUGGCACGCUAUGUGCCGCAUCCCCAAGGCCUCUGGCGGCUGCAGGCUGAUCACGCUGAUGCACUCGCUAAUCCGAUGGUGGUCGAGGGCUCGUGCCUCGACGUCCAAGGCGUGGCUGACGGCGCACCCCAAUGCCAGUAUUUGGGGCAUGGGCGGCGGCAGAUCUUCCUCCGACUCCGCCUUCGACCUCAACCUUGAGACGGAGGUAUCGGACUGCCUGGACGAGCACGUCGUAAUCGUCAUGCUGGACGCCUGGAAGUUCUUUGAGACGAUUAAGCCCGAGUGGCUACUCAUCGAGGCGCGGCUGCUGGGCAUGCCGCUGCGGUUGGUCUGGAUGUUGAUUGAGCUAUACAGGCAGCCGAGGCGGCUGCAAGCUUUCGGCUCGGUGUCCUACGCGGUCGUGUCACAUCAGGGCGUGCUCGCAGGAUGCACUCACGCCUGUGCCAUGGUCACCUUGCUCAUGUUCAGGCUGCUCGAGCAGGUGCGAGAUGCAGGCGUCACCCCGAGGGCCCUCAUCGACGACGUCACCUUGCAGUGGCGCGGGAGGCGGCUCUCGCAACUGGGCGUGCUUUGGGCGGCCACCACCAGGUUCCGCGAGGGCGCCCAGGAGCGAGGCAUUGUCGUGCAGCCCACCAAGUCGGGCUACUUGGUCUCAUCGGACGCGGCUGCUCGCGAGUGUGCCCGACACGCGGCGGCCCGCAAGCUGACCAAGAUGCGCUGGGCCCGCAACCUGGGGCACGAUCUGGGCGGGCGCAGAAUCGCUAGGCUCCAGACGGCAAAGCGGGUGCGGCAGCUCAAGGAGCGGCGCGGCAAGUUGGCAGCUUUCAAAGGGGAUACGGCGAUCAACCUCCUCACCACGUGCCCGAAGGACGUCAGGAUGCAUCUGACCGGCGGCGUGCAACGCUGGCAGGCGAGGCAGAUCGCGGCGCACCACCGCCAGCACGGCGAGGUCAAGCCUUGGGUGCGGGCCAUGCGGCUCUGCGUGGGCGACGGGCGCGCGGCGUUGGCGGAGGGCCCGUCGGCCACCAGCCUGCGUCACCACUGGGCAACGGUGGCCUGGACGCAACAGGCCCAGCACGACCUUGGGCUGGCGGCGGCGCCGAAUUGCAGGGCCUGCGGACAUCCGUCCGACUCGCCUGGGCACAGAUUUUUCGGUUGCGAGGUACUCGUGCAGCCGCUCACAGAGGAGGAGCAGGACGAGCAGCUGCCGCCCGAGCCGAUGCAGGCCACCCGCACCUUCAUGUGCGACAAAGGCCUGCAGGAGGGCGGCAGCUUCGAGAGCGCCGACUUCCAAAUGUGCUUGCCCUGCAUGCCGCCAUUCGUGCCGCCCGCCGCGGAGCAGGCCGAGGUGAAGUUCUGGGGCUGCUGGCCUAGCCAAGGGGCGGACACGGCUUCCUGCAGCAACGCCGUCUUCACCGAUGGCUCAGCGCGGCCUGAAGUGAGAUGGAUCCCCGCGCAUCAGGACAUGGAUGCGUACUUGGACCGAGGCCUCCACCCGUUGCUGUACUCUGGCAACAUGUGGGCCGACUGGUUCGCUCGGCAAGGAGCCAUGCAGCACACCGUGUCGAAGGUGUACGAGGAGUUCUACAACAUCGAGCUGCAACACUACAAGAGCCUGGCAAAGUACGUCGGCUGGGCGAUGCAGAGGACGAUGCACGCAGGCCGCUGGGAUGCGCCCGAGCAGACAGCCCGCCCGCCAAAGGUGCCCAAGGUGCAGGCGGCGACUGUGAUCAGCCACUCCCUGGUUCGCCUGAACGGGACGGCGGUGGUGCUGUGCCGCGCUUGCUGCAGGCAGACCAGCGGGCAGACGGGGCCCACAUGGACGCAGUUCGCGCGUUCAGCUUGCGAGGCCAGCCAGUACACCGCGCUGCGGGCCGAGGCCAUCAUCGCGCACGUCGGCGCGCAGCCCAUUGUGGUCUCGGAGGCGGGCGAGUUCGCUAUGCAGGCGAUCGAGCGCGCGGCGUGCCCCGAAGAUGCGGGGCCCAGGCCAGCCGAGCCUGCCCCCUGGGGCUCAGGGGACGGCACCAUCGAGAUGCAGGGGCACAGGCUGAGGCGCGCAGGGCCCACCAUCUACUGCGAGGUAUGCGUGGCGUGGGCGGCGACAGGCUCCUCACUGGCCCUGGCUGCGCCCUGCGCUGGCCCGCCCAGCGCCGAGGGCAAGAACCAGCGCACCUACCUGUCCAACCUCAGGGCGCGGCUCAAGAAGCUCAGCCAAGGGCUGCACCCCAAGACAGGAAAGGUGCUUACUUGGGGAGGUGCAGGCGAGGCUCCAGACGGCCCCAGAACAUGGGCCACAGCGGCGGCCAGCGCGGCCGCGGGCGACAUGGCCUCUGGGGGCGACGGCGCUGCAGAGCGGCCAAGCGGCAGGCACGCGCAGAAGGAACAGGGCGAGGCGACCAGGCCUGGCCAGGACCACGAGAUGCGCGAGGUGCCUGCAGGGGCUGGAGGUUCCGACGCAGUCCAGACCAAGAAGCCUGCUUGGCGGGUGCGACGGCAGGAGCUCCUGGAACGGAUGCAGCGAAGGCAGCAGCAUCUGCUAGCCGAACGUGGUCCAGCAGCCGCCAGCGGCGCGCAGCGUGAUGAGGGAGACAUGGCCGACGGCAGCUUGCCCUCGGCCUAUGGAGCGCACCAAUGCCCCGACGGGGGCACCACUGGACUGGUGACGCUCCAGCCGCCGCCAGCUGCCCCAGACGUGGGGGUGGUCGAUGCCUGUCUGGCGGCGGGGCCGUCGCGGCUGCCUGCGCCCUUGAGGUGCGACCUGGCACACGAGGUGACGCUGACCACGGACCACCAGGAGGGCGCCGUGACCAGCCCUCAGGACAUGAGCAGCCCGCCGCAGCCGUUCUCGACUACCGAUAUGGCCAGCACCAGGGGUGGCAGGGGACCUGCAAAGUGCGGUCGCGAAUGCGGCCCCGCCCUGAGUGCUGGCAGGUCUGACAACUCGCAGCGGGCGAUGCCAGGCAUGGCCAGUGACAAGGGUGGCAGGAGGCCUGCAAGCCGCGACCCUGAGUGCGGCCCCACCUUGGGCACUGGCGGCGACGGCAGCCAGGCCCACCGCGUGCGGCGACGAUUUACGGCCUGGGCCAGGGGUGGCAGGGGACCUGCAAUGUGCGUGCGUGAGUGCGGCCCCGCCCUGAGCCCAGGAUGCGACGAGGACCGCGACGGCAAGGGUAUGGCCAGCGCCAGGGGUGGCAGGGGACCUGCAAAGUGCAGUCCUGUGUGCGGCCCCGCCCUGGGCACUGGCAGCGGGUCUCUGGAAGCGGCGUCGCCUGAGGAGGACCAGCGGCAGCCGCAGCUGGCUUCUGGGGAGGCGUGUCCACGUGCAGCUACGGCUGGUGCCAGGGGUGGCAGGGGACCUGCAGUUUGCGGUCCUGAGUGCGGCCCCGCCCUGAGCACCAGCACCCACCCCGAGCGGCGACGGAUUACGGCCUGGGCCAGGGGUGGCAGGGGACCUGCAAUGUGCGUGCGUGAGUGCGGCCCCGCCCUGAGCCCAGGAAGCGACGCGGACCGCGACGGCAUGUGCAUGGCCAGCACCAGGGGUGGCAGGGGACCUGCAAGUGCCGACCGUGUGUGCGGCCCCGCCCUGAGUGCUGGCAGAGUUGCGGUGGCUCGGCCUGAGCCAGCGCAGCCGAGGCGCAGCGUCGCGCCCAGGCUUGAGCUGCAGGUCGCUGGAUGGGCGCGGUACUGGACCCAGGCUCCCGAGGUCGGCGAGACGAUGGAGUGCUACAGCGAGUGGCUCGACCACUGCGUCGGCUACGUCACGCAGAUCCUGUCCCAGCCGCGCUUCGCCACCAGGCUGCGGGCGCGUGGGAGGACGGCCGAGGAGAUGGCCGAGGAGAUCUGCGAGCGGGCCUGGGGGACUGGCAUGCCCGCGAGGCGGGCCUACUACAGGUGGCGCCACACGCUGACGCGGUCGCAGAGGAUCGUGUCGGACUGCAUGCGGCGCUACGACUACGUGCGCCUGCGGACGUGGCUGGCCGAGCUGCG